AUGCACUUUGACAAGAAGCACAACAAGGAAGGCCUGAAGAAGAUGCAGGCAAACAACACAAAGGCAGUGAGUGCACGCUCAGAGGCCAUCAAAGCCCUUGCGAAGCCUGCAGCUGGUAAGCCCAAGAUGCCAAAGGGCCCGGACAGCAAACUCAGCCAUCUGGCUUUCAGCACUCACUCCAAGCUUGGGAAACAGAUUCGAAGCCACAUGGUCAAGAGUCCUAGGCUCUGCCAACCAAAGCCCAAGGCUCAAACCAAGGCAGAGGCCACAGCUCCAGCUAAGGACAAGGCUCCAGCUCCAGCUCCAGCUCAGGCUCCCAAACGUGCCCAGGCCACUGUGAAAGCCCCGUAG